AUGUCUGACGGAGUUUUAAAGCCCGAGAAGGACUUCUCGAAGGAGGUUGACCAGCAGCUUCCCGAAGCUGAGAAGCUGGCUGCGUCCGGUAACCUCCAAGGCGCCAUUGAGAAGCUUGCUGCGCUCGAGAAGCAAACCCGACAAGCCUCCGAUCUUGCGUCCACAUCACGAGUUCUGAUCGCAAUCGUCACACUAUGCAAAAACGCGGGCGACUGGAGCUUGUUGAACGACCAGACCUUGGUCUUGUCCAAGAAGCACAGUCAGCUCAAGCAAGCCAUCACCAAGAUGGUCCAGACCGUCAUGGGCUUCCUUGACGACACUCCCGACCUCAAGACCAAGCUGUCUGUAAUCGAGACUCUGCGAACAGUAACAGAAGGAAAGAUCUUCGUCGAAGUCGAACGAGCCCGUGUGACCAAGAUCCUUUCCGACAUUAAGAAGAAGCAAGGUGAUCUAAAAUCCGCCACCGAGAUUCUUUGCGAGCUGCAAGUCGAGACCUUUGGUUCCAUGGAUCGACGGGAAAAGACCGAGUUUAUUUUGGCGCAGGUUGAGCUAUGUAUUGAGAGCGGAGACUGGACACAGGCUGCUAUUCUAGGACGCAAGAUCAGCACUCGCUAUCUUUCUCGCAAGCCUAAAAAGACGGCCGAGCAGCUUGAGAAGGAGCAAAAGGAGCGUGAAAAGAAGAAGGCACGCGGCGAGGAGGUUCCUGAAGAGAAGGAGGAUGACACAACUGAUCUGAAGCUGCGAUACUACGAGCAGCAGAUCAUCCUUGCCAAGCACGAGGAGAAGUACCUGGAUGUGUGCAAGCAUUAUCGGCAGGUUCUGGACACGGAAGCAGUCGAGGAAGACCCGGCCAAGCUUCGACCUGUCCUGCAACGCAUCAUCUACUUUGUCAUCCUAGCUCCCUAUGACAACGAACAGCACGACCUCCUUCACCGAAUCCACAAAGACACACGCAACUCUGAAGUUCCAGCCGAGGCAGAACUUCUGCGACUCUUUACUGUGCAUGAGUUGAUGCGAUGGCCAGAGAUCUCUAAGAGAUUCGGCCCUCACCUCUGCAGUACCGAUGUCUUUGACGCCCAGCUUGGUCAAUCUUCGGACGACAAGGCUCACCAGCGAUGGCAGGAUCUGCGAAAGCGAGUGAUUGAGCAUAACGUCCGAGUUAUUGCCAAGUACUAUACUCGCAUCCAGAUGAGCCGCCUGACUCAGCUACUUGAUCUUGCCGAGGACGAGACAGAGAAGUACAUCAGCGAGCUUGUAACUUCCAAGACUGUCUACGCCAAAAUCGACCGACCCGCACGAAUUGUAAGCUUCGCAAAGCCUAGAGAUGCUGACGAUGUCCUCAACGAAUGGAGUCACAACAUGAAGAGUCUCCUGGGACUAUUGGAAAGAAUUGAUCAUCUCAUCACCAAGGAGGAGAUGAUGGCGCGAAUCCAGCCUGCUAAAUAA